AUGGCCACGAAAACGGGCCAUCGGGUCAAGGCAUGGGCCCGCCAAAAGGCGCGCGAGAAGCCUCAUGGCUCGCCGUCGCUCACAUCGACGCCGUCAAGGUCAAAUUCCAGAGUGCGCAAUGGCAACACAAUACACGCCUCUCCCCCGCUGGUCCCCUUCCCAGCCUCUGCCGCACCAACGCCGGGCCCGGACCCAGCCGUUGAGCAGUCAAAACCCGAGCAGCCAGCAGAAGAGGCGAUAUCAGCGCCCUCAGUCAGGUCCAAGAAGAGCGUCGCCGUCCGGUUCUAUCAAACAGUCAAGGACAUCCUGUUCUCGAGUCCCAUCAAUGUUCUCCUGGUCUUUGUCCCCGUCGGGAUAGCAGUGCACUUUGCGCAUCUGCCCGGUGGGGUCGUGUUUGCCAUGAACGCAAUCGCCAUCAUCCCACUGGCAGGACUACUAAGCCAUGCCACUGAGAUCGUGGCCAGAGAGCUCGGCGACACCAUCGGCGCUUUGAUGAACGUGACGUUCGGAAACGCCGUCGAGCUCAUCAUCUUCAUCAUCGCUCUUGUCAAAGACGAGAUCCGAAUUGUCCAGGCUUCUCUUGUUGGUUCUAUCUUGGCCAACCUGCUUUUGAUCAUGGGCAUGUGCUUUCUCUUUGGCGGCCUGCGGUACCGCGAGCAGAUCUACAACAGCACCGUCACCCAAAUGAGCGCGUGUCUGCUCUCCCUGAGCGUCACCAGCCUGCUGCUCCCGACCGCCUUCCACGCCUCCUUCAGCGACGUCAACAAUGCAGACGACAAAGUCCUCAAAGUCAGCCGUGGCACGAGCGUGAUCCUCUUGCUGGUAUACUUCCUAUACCUGCUCUUCCAGCUCAGCUCUCACUCGUACAUGUACGAGUCAACCCCACAGCACAUCAUCGAGCGCGAGUCUGUUCCAGGACCGGCCGCCCAGUACUUCAACGGGUCUUCCAGCUCGUCGUCCGACUCGUCGUCCUCUUCCUCGUCGUCCGACUCCGAGUCUGGGUCGUCAUCACGCUCCACCAGCACCGCCAAUAGACUGAAGCGAAUGAUGAAGCGAGGGAAGCGGUCUCCGGCACGUCAGGACCCCCCCUCGGCCAGCAUUCGCGAAGAGCCAGGAUCAUCAACCCCCAGCACAAUGGGGCCCAAGACUUCGAGAUCGGUCGGCGACGAGGACAGGAUCAUGUCCCUCGAUGCCGUCGCCGAUGGCACGCUCAGCGAGUCGGACAGACCUGCCGAGCAGAGGAAGAAGCACCACAACAAGCGAAAGCACCACAGCAAAAAGACGCCCCGUCCCGGGGACGGUAACAGCGGCGUCGAGCUUGUCCAGCUCGCCCAGGCUUCUAGAUCCGAAGAGACGAGACGCGUCGACUUCGCACUGGCCCCCAGCCUGGAGGCCCAAGACGAGACCAGGCCAAAGCCCUUUUCCCUGCGAUCUAUGCGCUCGCCCGUGUUCUCGGCUCGCCCCAUGAUAAACCCGGUCGGGUCGCCACCGGUGCUCAGCCCCGGGCCGGACCGCCCGAUCCAGCGUGCCAGAUCCAUGCCCACGGAGCGCUCGCAAGCGUACCACGCGCCGCCCGGUGCCAUCCCGCCCAUCGUCCCCAUACUGGUCGACGACGCGCCCAGCACGACGGCCGCGGGGGACGACGAGGACGACGAGAAGCCCGACACGUCCCGCACGACGGCCAUCAUCCUGCUCCUCGUGUCGACGGGGCUGGUGGCCGUGUGCGCCGAGUUCAUGAUCGACUCGAUCAACGAGGUGGUGGCCAACGACUCGGGGCUGUCCGAGGCCUUCAUCGGGCUGAUCCUGCUGCCCAUCGUGGGCAACGCCGCCGAGCACGUCACCGCCGUGACGGUGGCCUUCAAGAACAAGAUGGACCUGGCCAUCGGCGUGGCGCUGGGCAGCAGCAUCCAGAUCGCCCUGUUCGUGACCCCGCUCGUCGUCAUCCUCGGCUGGAUCAUGGGCAAGGACAUGAGCCUCUUCUUCACCCUCUUCGAGACCAUUAGCAUGUUCGUCAGCGCCUUCAUCGUCAACUUCCUCGUCCUCGACGGCCGCAGCAACUACCUCGAGGGCGCCCUGCUGUGCUCUGCCUAUGUCAUCAUCGCCGUCGCCGCCUUCUUCUACCCCAACGCCGACGCCGCCAACGCCAUCGGCGGCGGCUCCGCUACGUAG